AUGUCGAGGGCGAAGCGCGGUAGCGAAAGUGCGAUUUUAUCGGAAGAAGACGGGCGGAAGAAUCCGUUCUCCACGACGGACGGCGUCGAGUUCCCGAUUCUGCCGCUGCGGAAAAAGGUGGAACUCUUGCAUGCGCUAACCGAUUAUCGCCUGCAAGCCGACGACGUGCAAAAUGAAUUGAAGAAUCUGGAGGCGGACAGUCUGCGAGUGGAGCCGCUGGGGCACGACGACGAAGGGUCGACGUACUGGUAUUUCUAUGGAACCAGGCUCUAUCGAGAAGACCUGCCUUAUGCGGAGCGAGUGGAGCGCCUGAAGAAGAGGGAAGAAAAAGCCAAAGGCGAGAACGGCGUAGCAACAGCCGAGGUGGAAGAGAAGCCCAAGAAGCGAGGCCGGAAAAGCAAGAAGGAGCUGGAAGAGGCGGAGGCGAAAGAGGCGGAAAAGCGGCGCCCGUUGUGGCAGGUCGUGUGCUACACCCGCGAAGAUUGGGAAAAAAUCACUAUGAAGUUCGAGGAGUCGAAAUCCAAGGCCGAAAAGGCCUUGUUUGCAACUCUCAAGGAAGACUUUUUGCCCGAGAUCCCGCGCCUCUUUGAAGAGAAGGAGAAACUUCAAAGGAAAAGACUUGCCGAAUUGCUUCCGAGACGUUCAUCUGGUCGAUUGGAAAGGCAGAAGUUGAAGAAGGAAGAAGAAGAGCAGCAGAGAUUGGCGAAGGAAGCGCAAGAAGCUGCCCGACUGCAACGUCUUGAUAAAGACGCUGAAGAAAGGGAAAUCGAGAAGUAUCGAGUGGAAGAGCGAACGCGAAGGGACGAAAGAAUCCGACGAAGAGAAUACUUCCGUGCCAACAUGGGAGAAUGGAAUUACGAUGACUUCGACGACAAUGAAAGCUAUUACGGAUCCUUUUCGUCCCCGGUUCGACCGCCGUCGUCUCGAGAAGAUGAUCUUUCGUCAAGUCCCUUCGUCUCUCCGGUUGUUGCAUUCCCCUCGACGAAAGCUGACGAUUUGGAAGACAGACUGCAUGGUGAUGCUGUGUCUCGGAAAUCAGUUGACCAACUACAAACUCGGUUGAAGAAGGUUCUGAAGUAUUUGAAGAAAAGGGAUAACGUGAGCUGGCCCUUCGCACUCCCUGUUAAUGAAAAAGUGGCCCCGGAUUAUUAUUCACGGAUCCCUCAGCCCAUGGAUUUGUCCAUGAUGACUGAGAAGGUGGAGCGAGGGAAAUACUCAUCCAUCUCACAGUUUCAAAAGGACUUCAAACUUAUGAUUCAAAAUUGCAAGAAGUACAAUGGGGAAAACAGUGAAAUAUUCGACAUGGCGAUUGAUCUGGAAAAGCUGUUCCACAAAGCCGAAAACCAGUUUCUCGGUGAAGAUUCUGGUCAGUCAUCAGAAGAUGAAUCGUUGGCCUCUCUAGUGAUCGAAGAAGAGCGGGAGGAACCCCCGAGCCCGCCACCGGUGAAAAAAGAAGUGAAAAAAGAAGUGAAUAAAAACUCGGCGUCUGCAGGCGUGAAAAGUGAGAAGAAGAAGAAAUCUGUGUCCAUUGUAGAGGAUUCUGAUCUUGAUAAGCAAACCCCCGUGAAGCAAGAAAAGCCUGUUGCGGUCCCGGCCAAAAAACGUGGUCGACCCCGGAAAUAUCCUCUGCCUGAAGAUCAAAUCAAAUCGGAACCCAAGAAAACAACCCCUGUGACGUCGUCAGUUCCGGAAAAGAAACCAGAAAGCGUCACUCCGACUUCAGGGGUUGUGAAGCGGGGUCGUGGUCGCCCGAGAAUGUCGGAAGAAGAAAAGGCUGCCAAACGUCAACAAAAUCUGUUGAAGAAAGCGUCUUUGACCAAAGACAAAACCAUCAAAUCACCUGUUCCUGCCGAGGAAAAGAAACGCGUCUACAAAACUCCGGAAACCGUUCACGACUCAUUUUCUUCUGACGAAGAACAACUCAGCGAUAGACCGAAGGCGAAAAAGAGGAAGACUGUCGAGUCGAGAAGUCCUAAAAAGUCGCGAGCCUUUAGUCACGUUGACGAAGACACGAAACGAGCGAAAUCGAAACAUGUUUUCGAUUAUGAAAGUUCGAAUGAAGAAAAUGACUCUGACUCGUCUUCGUCUACGGCAUCUUCACAAUCGUCGGACCUGAAGAAGCGAAAGAAAAAGCGGAAGACCGAUCACCACCACCGCCGAAAGCAUGACAAGCAUCAUCACAAGAGUAAGAAACGUCGAAAGAGCUCGAGUUCUCCCGUUUCAAUGCAUCAAGAAGUGGAUACAAAGAAAUCAAAGGACCAUUUGCAUAAGCAUCAUAGGCGUCAUCGGCAUUCUUCCUCAUCGGCAUCCUCCAAUUUGUCCAAGAAGAAGCGUGGCUUAUUUUCAGGGGAUAACAACAAGCCAGACGCGAAGGAAAGUUCGAAGGGAGUUAGCGAUUGGUUGCAUGAAGUUUCCUCGGAGAAACACGACGGACGAAGCUCUUCGACGAAACGUGCGUCGGACUCUUCACCGUAUUCGUCGUGGUCGACGUCUCAUCGCAAACCCGCGGGUCCCAUGAAGGACCGCUUUUUGAAUCCGAAGAGCCCCCUGCGUUCCGAUGAGGAUCAAUACAAUCGCCCGCCGUUGAUCCCCAUGGGCAAGAAACGACACAGGUCCAAAGGCAGUGAAUCCGACUUCGAAUCCGAACUCAAGUGGGACCUCGAGGACCGGAAGCGGAAGAAGGAGGACAAAAAGUACAAGCCGCGGGACAGUUCCGAGAACCGUCAGCGCGGCAAAUCCCCGGGUCGGCACAACAGCGGCAGCGACUUCGACCGCGUUCGCAAGGAGACCAUUCUCAUUCCGCCCCCGACCGUCGCCCCGGGCCACAACAGUAGUAGCACCAACAAGGAGCGGCACAAGAAAGAUUUCCGAUCUCGACUCAAGGAUGGUCUCAUGGCGAAGAAACUCAAGAGCGCCGGCAGCAGCGGUUCUUCGGGCGCGUCUUCGGGUGUCGGCGGCGUGCCGCCGAAAGAAGCCAAAUUCCUGGACCCCAAUCUUGAUAACUUGAUCUCGCGAGUGAAAGAGUUCAAUCAGUACAAAGCCGCCUUGGCCAGCGGGGACAAGGGACCAAACUUCUCCAACGGCGGCGGCGGAGGCACUGGAGAAGGAGAAGCUGGCCCGAAGCUGAACAUGGGUACAGUGCUGCACACCGACUUCGCCAGGAAGCACAUCCUAGCUUCCGUCACAUCGCCGUCUUCUCCGUCGUCCACGGACCCCUUUGAUUCCCUCGUGUCCAGCUCGAAGCCUGUCGCAGUGGUGGAGAGCGUGAAGAAGGAAGAGCCCGCUGUGGUGUUGAGCAAGGAAGACGACGUGGUGGCGGUGCCACCGCCGCUGCCGCCGCCUCCUACCGCCAAGCCGCCCGUGAGUGGCGGCGAAGAAACGGGUAGCGAAGAGAACGAAAAGUCGCUGGCGAAUAAGGCCACGCCGAACCUCAGUGCCUGGUUCAAAGCCUUUGGUGCACCCAAGAGGAAAGUCACGCCAAUCGCGACCGUGAAACCCACUACACCGGUGAAGGACGCCGCGCCGUGGGCUUACGGCAAGUUCGAGAUGGAGAAGAACGCCGUCACUGCUGGCUCCAAUACCAGUGGCGCCGCUGCCGGUGUUCGACGGGACUCUGAUCCCGCCACGACGAAAAAGCCGCCGCAGCAACAACAGCAGCAGCAUCUGCUGACGACGGUGAUUUCUCCCGUGAACCCGAACUCUGUCGUGUCGUCGGCUCAGCCGCCGCCUCUGCCUAGUCCGCAGCACGGCUCGGAUCGGUCGCCGUUGUACGCCAGCUCGGAAAGCGAAGUGCAGUCUCCGCAGACGCCGCAGUACCCGGCGGGCUGGGCUUCGGAGCCGUCGCCGGCCAGGGAGCCGCAACGCUCGCCGCACGUGGGCAUGGUGGGUCACGCGGGUUACGUCGGCAGUGGGUCGUUGUCGCAAAAGUCGCCGGUGCCGCAAGAGCCGCUCAAAGUCGGCUUUUACAAGGACAUGACGCAGCAGAACAAGCAGAGCCCGGACGGGUCUACGGCGUCCUCGUCGGGGGCCCACUCGCCGAUGACGCCGUGCACGCCGCUGACCCCGCAGCAGUUGGACAGCGGUGUCAUGUCGCCAGACAGCAUGUACAACCGCAACGGCAGCCAGGGCUCGUAUGCAGGCAGCAACACCGGCCCCAAGGUUCGUACUUAA